GUGAUGGACUUUGCCCAGCUGGUAGCCUACGAGUCGGGUUCUCUUGAGGUUUUGGAGUUCUCAUGGCCGCCCGCCGCCGAGGACCAGGCCCCUUCGCUAUGCUCUGCCUAUGUUAUUAUGAAACGGCCUACUGGCUUCUUGCUGUGUAUUCCGGAGGGCUUCUUGAGUCAGGAGGAGAGGGACCUUGGACAGCAGCCCGCCGAGGACUCUGGAAUCGGCCCCUCUACCGUGGUGUCAGCCUCCCCUCUUUUGCUCACUGCCGAGGGGAACUGGAUCGCGGCCCAGGACCAGGAGCGUCUCUCGGCCUUGGUGGUGGACAUGUCCGAUCACAUGGUCGAGCAACUGGCCCCAGCAGACCUGUCUGCGGAGGAACUCGUGUGUUUUCGUCAGGGGGAGCCGAUGCUCUUUCCCCUGGCCUCCGAGGUGCUGAAGCAGUCAAAGGAGUGGCUGCUGGGAACGGGGAAUCUUCCCGACAACAGGUCAGGUUACCAGACCGCGGCCUCUGCCACCCAAGCUCCUGCACCGCGGCCCAAGCCUCCGAAACCGAAGAGACCUACGGUGCAACAGCUGGCCGCCCAGCAAGCUCAGAUGAUGCAGCUUAUGACUUCAGUGGUGGAGCGUCUCGACGGUUUGCAGGCCCCUGUGUCCCCGGCUCCCGGCCCCCCUGGGCUGGCUGCAACGGCCCCUCCUGCCGCAGUGAACACCGCGAUCCUGCAAAAGCCUUUGGCGUCAGUCCUCCGCCAGGCCUCAGCUGCCCCUCGCGUCUUGGCACAAGCCAUAGGUCCUCCACCUCCUACCCGUGCUCAGCCUCCCGCGGCCCCUGCUCAAGUGGACUUGGAAGAGACGGCCUUGGUGGCAUUAGUGGGGCAGCUGGCGUCGGGAUCGGGCGACCCCUUGUUGGAAGCCACCGGGCAAGCCGCCAGCGUGAAGGGGGCAGCCAACCGGGCGAGGCUCCAGGAGGAGCUGGCGGGCCGAUCCGGGGCGUUCGCCGACAAGAUCCGGGCGAACAUGGGUCGGCGUAUGGACCCCACUCACCUGAUGGCCGAGGAGCAGAUUUCUUUCAUGAGGUACCUGGAGAGGCACGGGUCGUUUUCGGCUCAGCCUCUGCUGGGGCUUCUGGCUUGGCAGACUGCCCAAGCUCUCGACCUCCUAGCUGCCGGGUCGGAGGCCGGUGCCCGGGACACUCUUUCCUUGAUGUUGCUCAUGAUGGAGCAGACGGCGCUGGAUGGGGGCAACAGCUCCCUAUCUUGGCUCCCAACCCUGCAAGCGGAGCCGCCUCAAAGCUUGUUUCAGGCGCCUGCCUCAGUCCCGGGAGCUCAGCUGCCGGUGUUUUCAGCGCUUGCCGAGCAAAAGUGGGUGACGACAGCGCUGGCUUACGCAAAGGAGCUGGAUACCAUAAGUGUGCGGGAGCUCACAAAGAAGCAGCAGAGGGCAGCCGCUUGGGCCGCCCGAAAGGUCGGGAAGGCGGUCUUCCUCGGCUGGUGCCCCUGGACUUUGGACUACCUCUACCUUCGGAGCCUCUCUGGACUCCCCUUUGCCCCCGGCAGCAGCCUCAGAGAAGAGGGCGAGUUCACCUUUGAAUCCUGGAUCGCCGCUUUGCCCCGCCUUCUCAAGCGUGGGAGGGUCUUCCACCAGCGGUCCUGCCGAAACGCGUCUGACCGCCGGGCUUUGGCCGUUCGGCGGUGCGUGCCUCUCAAUCCGGCCCAGGUCGAGGCCUAUCGUCGGAUCGAGCUUUCGGGGGUUGUGUCUUUUGUUGAGCGCUGCGGCUUGACCCCUGGCGCUUAUCCUGGCGACGGUGCCUUGCCUGAGGAGGCACCUUUUCUGCCCCAUGCCGACCACGGCUUUGAGGCACUUCACCCUUACAGGGACCUUCGGGCUGAUCAGGUUGCUCUGCACGGCGAGGGGAAGUGGGACCUCGCCGCCCAUCUCGGCCCGGAUCUUUACAUGCCUUUCGUCGAGCCCCAGGUCUUGCAUUUUGCCGGGCUUGAGGCCCCUCACCCCUCUUUCGCGAAGGAGAAGCCGGAUCACCUGAUUGGGAUUUGCAGGCUUUGGGACGCUUCUUCCCUUCUUGGGUUUGUGCCGGGUCCUCUGCCAGACAAGCAGCUCACGCGUCUUUUCGGGGCCUACAAAGCUCCUGGCAAGCUCCCGCCAAAUCGGUUCUUGCCCUCGGGCCCCUUGCUCUGCCGAGUCCACGUGCCUGCUGGUUGCAGCUUGGUCGGUUCCGUGACGGACCGGCGGGAUUUCUACACGCAGGCCAUGAUAUCCGAAGAGAGGGUGGAGCGCUGGACUUCGCGCUCGGGCUUCCUGCCUCCUUCCUUCCAGGAGUCGAAUACGCAACAGGGGGGCACCAAGGUCUGCUUGAAAGGUGGGGGUGCCUCCCUCCUGCGCGCCGCCUCCGUUCUCGCCGGGGACUUCGUGCCAGGCUCGUUUUCCGCCUCCCUCGAUGCCCUUAGCCUCGCCAAACUUGCUUAUGAAUCGGAGGAGGUGGCAGGUGCCACCUACCUUGGCUUCCCCACUCAAAAGAGGCUGUCUUUGGCUGCUGCCUCGGCCCGUGCUGCCGAGUGCCCCUGCAUCUCUGAGGAGCUGGUUUCCUGCCUCACCGGCUCCUGGGUGUCGGCCCUCAUGUACAGGCGAUGCCUUAUGUCGGCUCUUGAUGGACUUUUCUCCUUAGGGUCGCGGGCGAACUUCAGCUCCUCGCCGUCCUCGCCGGUCGUCCAGACAAACCUUUCUGCUGCUCCUUCCCCUCGAGUCUAUGCCUCUGACGCUUCCGACUCAAAGGGCGCCUUCUGCUCAGCGCCCCUGGGCCACGAAGAGUCGUUACGAAUUUGGCUCGCCUCUGAGUCAAAAGGGCACGCGGUUAGGCUCUCCGAAGAGAAGGGGCGGGAGGUGUCCGCGCCUGGGCUUGGCGACCUACCCCCCGACGCUGGGCCGAAGAAGCCACUCGCUUGUUCCUACGACUGCCUGGAGGUAAGCGUGUCGCAGGGAGCUUUGUCUGAGAACCUCGGCCGGCUUGGGUUUUACGCCGGGCCUGUCAUCGACCCCGCUCGGUCGAGACACUUCCGCCAUACAGCCCCCCGGCUCCUGGAAUGGAUCCUCUUCUUGCUCUCCGAGAAAAGGCCUCCCCUCCGCUCUGCUGCUUGCCCGGAGGGUUUUGACGCAACCGAGCCUCGCACCAGAGAGGGCAACAAGCUCGCCCUUGCUCACCUGUGUCUCCUUCGAGCUGCUUUGAGGUGUGCAGCAAGUCUACUUGUCUCUGAGGCUGUUGUCGAGGAGGGCUUCGCCGGCCUCCUUGCCAAGGCCUUCGCAGGGGCAAUCUCUGAGCCGCGACCGGCCGAGCCUGACCGCAAGAGAGGUCUUGAGAACCUUGCUGUCAACGACCUGUUGCUCACGGCCUCCUGGAAGACCGAGGACCCCGACGUCCUCGAGGAGCUCUGCGGUUUUGCCGGGCUCUCCUCUGCUUCAGCAGGCUGGCUUCGCCUGUCUCUCCUCCUCGCCCGUAAGGACUUCGACGCGUGCUUCGGCUUUCCUGGAGAAGGGCCCAUAGGACCGAGAAACCUCCAGGACGAGCAGCGAAAGCAGGCACGUGGCCCGCUAGGUUUGCCGGAAGGCCGCCCAGUCCUCCCUAGGACGAAGCUUAACCGUGCCUCCCUCCUAGACCGUUUCAGCGACUGGCUUGGGGAGAAUGGUUUUGAACGCGAAGCUUUUAUGCAGUGGUGCGCUGAGGCCCUAGCCAAGACUUUGGAGCAGUUCGGCGGCAGGGAACUCUUCGAGGCCGGUCGGCCAUACUGGCACUACGCUGAAACGAUCAAUGCCAUCAGCGCGCGCCGCCCGGCUGUCCGCCGCACUCUGCAGGGCGCCUGGGAUCUGGCCUUCAGUUGGCUCGCUCUGGAGCCUUACACCCACCACGUGGCGAUGCCAGCUGUGAUCCUGCUGGCGCUCUUAUCGGUUUGCCUUACCUGGGGGUGGCGAGCUGAAGCAGGGAUUUUCGCUUUGGCAUGGGGUGCCCUUCUUCGAAUUGGCGAGGCAACCGGAGCAGUUAGGUCCUCGCUGGUGCUGCCGAGGGAUACCCUGUGGAGCCAGGCCUUCAUCCUCCUGAAGAUAGACGAGCCGAAAACUCGCCUGCGUACUGCCAGGCAUCAAGCUGCAAAGGUCGAGGCCCAGGACCUUGUUCAGCUGAUAGAUCUGGCUUUUGCUCACCUGCCGGCCUACAGCAAGCUCUGGCCUCUUUCUGCCCAGACGCUGCGCAAGAGACUGGACAGCGCGCUGGAUGCCCUACAAGUACCUACCACACGGUCCUGCUCCCGGCCAUUAGACCUCGGGUCUUUUAGGCCGGGGGGGGCUACCUUCGUCCUCCAGGCCACGGAGGACGCAGAGCUGGUGCGCAGACGAGGCCGCUGGGUGUCGGCAAAGGUUAUGGAAAUUUUAUCUUCAAGAAGUAGCAGCAUCGACGUUUUAUCCGUCACUGCCGGUUACCACCAGAAGGCGGGUAUUGGAUGCGGCUACAUGCUUUCCUGA